AUGAAGCUCGCACUCACCCUCCUCCCCGCAUUGGCCGGCCUUACCGUCGCCGAGGAGGUCGUCUCCAUGCUCCUGUGGGCCGUGGAUCGCGAUCAGGACUACGAGGCGUCGAUCGUGGGCCAUGACGCAACAGCAACAACCUACAGCCUCGCCUGCCCCACCUCCGUGCGGGGGUCCGCCUGCUCCAUCGGCGGCGCGGGGAUCACCGCGGAGAUCGUUGACCAGAGCACUUCUACUACAUGGGCCUGUACCGCAGAUGGCACGACGGAGGGCGUCUGUCACCGGACGCUGAGCGGCCAAGACCAGGGGAUCGAUAUCUACUUCACGAACUUCCUGUCGGCCACCGUAACCGCUGGGGCGGUUACUGGCGGGAGCGGGCGGGUUUCUGAGACAGCGAGCGCGACGAGCACUACCCUGGCGCAUGCGAGCCUGUCAACGGAGAUGGCUAGUGCAUCCCAGGAGCUGACGAGCUCCGAUAUCACGUCGGCUCCUACGGCUACUGCCAGUGCAGAUGGGAACGGUGAUGCUGCGGCGACCAAGACUUCAACCGGGGGUGUUCCGCGAAUGACUGGGGGUGCGGGAUUGGUCUUUGGAGGCGCGGCGGUUGCGCUGAUGGGGGCUAUUAUUUAA